AUGGCAGAGGUUUGGAGAUUAUUCCAGCAGUUGGAUUCCAACACAUUGUGGUGCCCCUCUUCCUCCACCGCGAGCUUCCUGGGAGACUUUGGCUACUCUCCAGCUCCCUCUGGCUUGAACAGAGAAAACAGCAGGACCAUGAGGGUCUGGAGGACUAUGACACUCCUGAUCUGGGGGCUGCUUCCAGGUUGCAUGUCUGUUCUGAUUGGUCCUGAAGCACUGGGUGGAUUUCUAGGCAAGUCUCUUUCUGUGAUGUGCAAAUAUGAAUAUUGGUAUCAGACAUAUAAAAAAUAUUGGUGCAAAGGAAGCUCAUGGAACAAAUGUAGUGUAGUUGUUCAGACUACAGGAUCUGAGGAAGAAGUGAAAGCUGGCAGAAUGUCUAUCAAGGACAAUCAUACUAAUUUGGAAUUCACAGUCAGAAUGGAGAGCCUCACACAGCAAGAUGCUGGGAUUUACUGGUGUGGCAUAAAGAAAAGAGGCUAUGAUCCUGGAUUCCGUAUACAUAUUACUGUUCUCCCAGCAUCCUCACCACACCCGGGAUAG